CUUACUCUUAUAUUUUUUUUUUCUUUCAGAAAUGGCCACUAUUCAUGCCCCUAAAUCUUCUCCAGGGCCAACAGUUUGUGUGACUGGAGCAGCUGGAUUUAUUGGGUCUUGGCUUGUUAUGAAACUCCUUCAACGUGGCUAUAAUGUUCACGCUACUGUUCGUGAUCCUGAGAACAAGAACAAGGUGAAACAUCUUUGGGAGUUGCCAAAAGCUGAUAGCAAGCUGACGCUGUGGAAAGCGGAGUUGACAGAAGAAGGAAGCUUUGAUGAAGCCAUUCAUGGCUGCCAAGGAGUAUUUCAUGUGGCCACCCCUAUGGAUUUUGAUUCGAAGGACCCUGAGAAUGAAGUAAUCAAACCAACAAUCCGUGGAAUAUUAAACAUAAUAGAAUCAUGUGCUAAAGCAAAAACAGUAAAGAGGCUGGUUUUCACUUCAUCUGCUGGAACUGUUGACAUCCAACAGCAUCAAAAACUAGUCUACGAUGAGAGUAAUUGGAGUGACUUGGAUUUCAUAUAUGCUAAGAAGAUGACUGGAUGGAUGUAUUUUGCUUCCAAGAUAUUGGCAGAAAAGGCAGCAUGGGAAGCAACUAAAGCAAAGAAUAUAGAGUUUAUUAGUAUUAUUCCAACGUUAGUUGUUGGUCCAUUCAUCACUCCAACGUUCCCACCAAGCCUAAUUACUGCCCUUUCACUAAUUACAGGGAAUGAAGCACACUACUCAAUAAUUAAGCAAGGUAAAUAUGUGCAUUUGGAUGAUCUUUGUGAGGCUCACAUAUUCUUGUAUGAGCAUCCCAAUGCACAAGGAAGAUUCCUUUGUUCCUCAGAUCAUGCAAUCAUAUACGAUGUUGCAAAGAUGGUCCGAGAGAAAUGGCCAGAGUACUAUGUCCCUUCCGAGUUUAAGGACAUUGAUAAGGACUUGCCCGUGGCUAGUUUUUCAUCAAAGAAGCUGACAGAUAUGGGUUUUGAAUUCAAGUACAAUUUAGAAGACAUGUAUCGAGGAGCCAUUGAAACUUGCAGACUAAAGGGAUUACUUCCUUAUUCUACCCAAAGUCCGGCUAGCAAAACAGCGGCGGAUUCUGGAUUCUGAUAACGUAAUGAGCAAACUAUUACUAUGAUGAUAAUAUUAGUAGUAUGUUUUAUAAAGACCAUGCAUGAUUAAUAUGCAGAUGUGAUUGGUGUCCUGCGUCCAUAAUUACAUUCGUACAAGAUUACAGGGGCGGAUCUAGUGCAAAAUUGUUACGGGUUCACGUGAACCUAGUAACAUUUGGCUUAACCCUGUAUUUGUACUAAAAAUUCAUUAAAUAUAUAAGAAUAUUUAGCUUGAAAGUUA